AUGACUACACUCGACGGGCAGCAAACAAUGGGAAAAAAAGGUCCAGUCGGUGGCGGUGGUGGGGAAAGCGUUCCUAAUCUAUCCAACUUUGUGUACAUCUACGACAUUCCACGGAUGGAGAAAAAACGCUUGGCCGCGCUGCUCGAGCUAGACAACAAGUGGUACGAGUUGGGAGAAAAGCAGAUGGGAUAUAGUAGCGCCGAACUGGACAGUACGCAGAGAUGUUGCCAACGGAACAAUCGAUCGCCGGCGGAAGAUCUGCUCGAUAAAUGGGGUAACUAUAACCAUACCAUCACGGAACUGUUUGUAGUGCUGUCCCGGGAGAAACUGUACAACUGCAUGGAACUCAUCAAGCGAUACGUUGAACCGCGGUACCACGUGCUGAUAAAACAUUCGCGCAGUAGUCCCACGGCAGGUAUGGGUGCGUACGCCGGGGCAGAUGCUAACAACAAUCCGGAAAUAGUGAACGGAAAUCGGGUUCCCCCUUCGCCGAAGCAGGCUGUGGAGGGGGGAGCAAAGCAAAAAGCCCCAGCUGGAACGAGUACACCGGGGAAGAAUGAAAGCAAUCCUUCGAAUUCAAAGGAUGAUUCUCCGUUUGCAAAUGAGCUAGCCGAUCUGUCCAGCUUGAUACCGAAGAUGAGCUACGCCGAUCUAACGGCCGCUACAGACAAUUGGAGCGAACGGAACAUUCUUGGCAAGGGUGGAUUCGGGACGGUGUAUCGGGGCAUUUUCAAGCACACGUAUAUGGCAAUCAAAAAGAUCGACUACAGCAAGGUAAAGACGAGCGAAGCGGAACGCAUCCAGCUGCAGCAAAGUUUCAACGAGUUGCGUUACCUUAAUUCAUGUCGCCAUGACAACAUUGUGCCACUGUAUGGGUAUAGUUUGGAAAAGGAACCCUGUUUAGUGUACCAGUUUAUGCCGGGUGGAUCUUUGGACAAAUGUCUGUUUGCACGACGGCCCGCAUCUCCAUUGACAUGGAAGGAACGGAUGAAUAUUGCCCGAGGAACCGCCAAAGGGCUCCAGUACCUGCAUACCUUUGGUGAGAAACCGUUCAUUCACGGUGAUAUUAAACCGGGCAAUAUUCUGCUGAACGAGUACAAGCAACCACGCAUCGGCGACUUUGGAUUGACGCGCCAAGGUGCACAGCAGGAUGAGGCGAUGGUUGUGUCCUGUGUGUACGGUACCCGGCCUUACAUACCGAAGGAUUUUUUCGAUCGCCGCGAGCUUAGCACCAAGGUGGAUGUGUACAGUUUUGGCGUAGUGCUGUACGAGAUCGGAACUGGGUUGCGUGCGUGGGACGAACGGCGAACGUACAAACAUCUGAAGGACUACAUUGGUCAGGCCGUACAGGAUCGUGUAGACGUAUCGGAGCUGAUGGACAAAUCGCCACCGACCGAUCCGGACGGUUUACUCUCCUCGUACAAGUUGCUCAUGGUAGGUCACAUGUGUACGACCGAUGAUCCGAAGCAGCGGUUAGAUAUGGUGUCCGUUAUGCGAUAUCUGGAUUCAUAA